AUUGGCGGCGUGUACGCGCGGUUCCACGGAACAAGCUGUCAUUCCACACAACACUUCCAGGGAAGUCUGAGGAGGGAUGCCAACCAUGACUUCAUCCUGAGAGGAGGGAGCGAACCAGGAAGUUCAUCGUGACAGGAGGGAGCAAACCAGGAAGUUCGUCGUGACAGGAGGGAGCCAACCAGGAAGUUCGUCGUGAGAGGAGGGAGCCAACCAGGAAGUUCGUCGUGACAGGAGGGAGCCAACCAGGAAGUUCGUCGCGCGCUCACCUGAGCCAAUAAAAACCUCCCUCACUCAGUCCUGCGGCAACUACACCUUCAGCAACCGGAGCCUCCGUCUGCGCUGCAACAACUUGAUGAAGGAACACACGCAGUCCUCUGCAUCUUCGCCAUCUUCGCCAUCGUCACCCACCGUCAUGCUGGACUGUGAAGAGCUCGAGUGCGUCGUGUGCUUCUGCGAGUUCUCCCGCAGCGACCGGAUCCCGCGGGUGCUCCACUGCGGCCACACGUUCUGCGCGCCGUGCCUGGAGAGGCUGUCCCGGAUGAAAGGGGCCCUGCGCACCGUCUCGUGCCCGCUGUGCCGCUGGAUCACAUGCAUGCGGGCCAGCCUCACGAUCCCCGGGGCCCUGUACGUCAACACGGAGAUCUGGGACCAGAUCGUGGAGCAGCAGCAGCAGCAGCAGCAGCAGCAGCAGCGGCGGCGGGGGAGAGACACGGACGCAGCCCUGGAGCUCAGCGACACCAAGACGCAGCAGCUCAUCACGUCCAAGCGACCGCGUGGCUUCACGUCCACACUGCAACAGAUGUUCGGCUGUGUGGCCCGGGGCUGCUGACGACACGUCGGGGUGCGUGUGCGUGUGUGUGUGUGUGUGAAUAUUUUCUUUUUACCUUUCUGUGUUAAGAUAAAUGUAAAAUAUGAUAUUGAUCCCGCAUGCCGUCGAAAUGUACUCGACAGAGGCAGACAGAAGAACAGGCAAUAACUUUUUUUAGUUUAAAUAAAAACAAUGUUUAAUA